CCCAAAAUUUUGACAGCUAAAUUUUGAAACCACUUGUUACAAGGCGCUGAGAAAUUUUUUUUAAAAAGAUAAUGUUCAUAAUUACGUAAAUUAAAAUUAAUUGAUUUAAAAAAAAAAAAAAAUAUGGCUCAAUGUACUCCAUUAAUUCUAAGAUUAGUUGCUUCAACAGUAGCGGCUGCAAAUCGUGCAGGUAAAAUUAUUCGAGAUAUUAUGACGGUUGGUGACCUAGGAAUUGUCGAAAAAGCGAAAAAUGAUUUUCAAACAGAAGCUGAUCGAUCUGCUCAAAGAUGUAUAAUUGCAUCGUUAUCACGACAAUAUCCAGCGGUGACAAUCAUUGGUGAAGAGGGUCCAAGUACGAGUUGUGAAGUACCAAGUGACUGGGUUGUAACAUGCAAUGAUACUAAUACAUUAGGACUAACUUGCCCAGAAAGUUUAUUAGAUGUCCAAGAAAAAGAUAUUGUUAUUUGGAUUGAUCCUUUAGAUGGUACUUCUGAGUAUACGAAAGGUCUAGUUGAACAUGUCACGGUAUUGGUUGGAAUCGCUGUGAGAGGAGAACCUGUUGCUGGUGUAAUUCAUCAACCAUAUGGUCCACCUGCUGGUACAGGCCGGACUGUGUGGGGUAUAAUAGGUGCUGGAAUCGGUGGUAUAACACCACAUUCACCACCGAAAGAUCGUUUAGUUGUGACAACAACACGAUCGCAUUCGAAUAAAAUUGUUGAGGAUGCUUUAAAUGCCCUUAAACCUGAUGAAGUUUUGAAAGUUGGUGGUGCUGGUCACAAAGUAUUACUUUUAAUAGAAGGCAAAGCAAAUGCUUAUGUAUUUGCUAGCGCUGGUUGUAAAAAAUGGGAUAUAUGUGGUCCAGAAGCUGUGCUUACAGCUCUAGGUGGUACAUUAACAGAUAUGAAUGGAAAACGAUACAAAUAUGAUGCAGAUGUACAAUAUAAUAAUACUGGCGGUGUUUUAGCAACAGCUCCUGGCGAAGAUCAUUCAUACUUCGUCAAGAAAAUACCCGAACAUGUAAAAUUUUUAAUCUACUUAGAACAUGCUAUUAGAAAACUACUAUCGUAUUUUUAAAUAAAAAUAGCGAUAAAAAGAAUUUUCAUCUGUAAGUAUUUGAAAAAUUAUUUGCUUUGAAAAAGUAGAACUUGAAUCAUACUAUAAAAUGAAUAUAUUAGAUGAAUACAGUAGAGUCUCUAAUACGACACUUCAAUAUUUUGACCCGUACAAUAACCUGGAGCCCCCUGUCCACGCGUAGUUUUAAAAUGCAUACAGUAAUCCGAUAAUAUCCAAUUUUUAAUGGUAUAAAAGCGCACGUAAAAUAAAUUUUUCCAUAUUUGGAGUGUAUAGCAAUCUUGGUUUUGUAACCAUCUACAAAUAUUUAGAUCAAGAAUUACCUUUAAAAAAAAUAACGGUUUAAUAAAGAAAACUUAGCGGUCAAAAUGUAUUCAAUUUUAAUUUUCCGUAUUCUAAGUUUCGAUUACCAUUAAAUGUAAGUAGGAGGUAUUAUUCAAGUUAAUAAUAUAUUGUAAACGUAAGCGAUUUUAUUGGUCGCGUUCAAUCGAUAAAAACGCUUGAAUGCAAAAAGGGGGCGGUUCUUAAAAUAUAGGUCGAAUUUGGCCAAUAAAAAUUUCAUAAGAUAAAUGUCAGUGUAGAGAAAACCUUACUAUAUACUUAA